ACCGGGCGCUCCCCCUUCCCCUGUCUCCCGGGUCUCUUGAGGAGCGCAGGAAGGAGGCUCCGCUAGUGCCGCCGGGCCACGGGCUGCCGCGACCGGGCUGCGGCAGUCGUUAGCGGGUCAUGUCGGCCGCCCAGGGCUGGGACAGGAACCGCCGGAGGGGAGGAGGCGCCGCAGGAGGUGGCGGCGGCGGCGGAGGUAGCGGGGCCGGCGGGGGCAGUGGGGGCAGCGGGGGUCGGGGGACUGGCCAGCUCAACCGCUUCGUGCAACUCUCCGGGCGGCCGCACCUGCCAGGUAAGAAGAAAAUACGAUGGGACCCAGUUAGGAGGCGCUUCAUUCAGUCCUGUCCCAUCAUAAGGAUCCCUAACAGGUUUUUGAGAGGCCACAGACCUCCACCAGCACGAAGUGGACAUCGUUGUGUGGCAGAUAAUACCAAUCUGUAUGUGUUUGGAGGUUAUAACCCAGAUUAUGAUGAAUCAGGAGGGCCAGAUAAUGAAGACUAUCCUCUCUUCAGGGAGCUUUGGAGGUAUCAUUUUGCUACAGGAGUAUGGCAUCAGAUGGGCACAGACGGCUACAUGCCCCGAGAAUUGGCAUCCAUGUCACUUGUGCUGCAUGGAAACAACCUGUUGGUCUUUGGAGGUACGGGCAUCCCAUUUGGUGAGAGCAACGGCAAUGAUGUCCAUGUCUGUAAUGUGAAGUAUAAGAGAUGGGCUUUGCUCAGCUGUCGGGGGAAGAAACCCAGUCGUAUAUAUGGACAGGCCAUGGCUAUCAUCAAUGGCUCCCUUUAUGUCUUUGGAGGGACAACUGGCUAUAUUUACAGCACAGACCUGCACAAAUUAGAUCUCAAUACCAGAGAGUGGACACAGCUGAAACCAAACAACCUAUCCUGUGAUCUACCAGAAGAGAGAUACAGACAUGAAAUUGCACAUGAUGGACAGAGGAUUUACAUCUUGGGAGGUGGUACUUCUUGGACAGCUUAUUCCUUAAACAAGAUUCAUGCAUACAACCUUGAAACGAAUGCAUGGGAGGAAAUUGCAACAAAACCCCAUGACAAAAUAGGUUUUCCUGCAGCCCGAAGAUGUCACAGUUGUGUUCAAAUAAAAAAUGAUGUGUUUAUUUGUGGGGGCUAUAAUGGAGAAGUGAUCCUGGGAGAUAUCUGGAAGUUGAACCUGCAGACUUUUCAAUGGGUAAAGCUCCCGGCUACCAUGCCAGAACCAGUUUAUUUUCACUGUGCAGCUGUUACACCAGCUGGUUGCAUGUACAUUCAUGGAGGAGUGGUGAACAUCCACGAAAAUAAACGGACUGGGUCAUUGUUUAAGAUCUGGCUGGUGGUACCUAGCCUGCUGGAACUGGCGUGGGAGAAGCUGCUCGCGGCCUUCCCCAACCUAGCCAACCUCUCCCGAACACAGCUUCUGCACCUCGGACUCACGCAGGGACUCAUCGAGCGCUUGAAAUGAGGAUUUCUGGACUGUUCAUUGAUACUGGAAAUGUUAAUUUAAAAGAGACUCCUUUAUUUAUGGGCAGUGUAGAAUGUGCUACAGAGAGGAUUGGUUACCCUGAUCAAGGCCUUAUUCAGAAAAUACAUCAGAUGCCUUUCUGUAAAUUGUUUUAAGUUUAUGGAAUUUCACUUUCCCUUGUGCUUUUUUUUUUUUUUUUUGCUUCUGUCCCUCCUGCCCCAGCACACACAUAUUCUCUCUUCCUUGAUGGAGUUGAAGGAAAGUCUGAAAGUAUCUUAAUUAUCUUAUGAAUCAAGAUAGGAUGAAGAUGAAGAAAAUUUUAAAGGAACUCUAAACAUAUGACCAUGUCAGCCAGUACUCUAUAAAUUAAAGCAACAUCAUCAAUAAAAACAAAAAUUAAAAAAUUAAAUCCAGCAACAACAAUAAGACGUUAGGGGAUAGAACAAGAAGGCUGACCUUGAGAAUCUUGCAGAUUUUAGGUAAAGCUAGAUGCUUAACUUCCUGUUUUCAGAGAUACAUCUGAUUUGAGUAGCUGGAUCUAAUGGCAGCGGUGGUUGGUAUUUUGCUCCCUGGAUGCCCAUAUCUAUCCUUUGAUUUUGGAGGAAAGUUAAACAGCUAAGCAGCUCUUGACUAGUGAUUUCUUUUCUCAUCCUUAUGGUGCCAGCAGUGGUUAGAGUUGACUUAUCAAAAGACUUUAUUAUGUGUCAUAGUUGUGCUGUUUGUUGUUGCUCUUAGAAAUUUUGGCACCAAGCACAUUUCAAAUCAAGAAAUUCAUGGUGGUCAGAGUUCUUUGUUCUGGGCAGCUUUGAGAUUCUCCUAUGCUUAUUAAUGGUUUCAAGUGUCUCUGACUUCAUCAUGGAGAAUUGCAGGCCCUGUGUGGCAUAAAUGCCCUGGGACAUAAAAUAGGCUCAUGAGAGGCCAGAGAAGAGUAGGGCAGGGAGGGCUUCUGCUCUGAGCUGUGAGCUUUGACUUUUAUAUUGGCCAUUUCCUUUCAGAACUGUUUCUUUUCUAAUCCUGGGCCAUGCACCUGCCAUAUCUCAGGCAAUGAGAAUUUUGAUCGCCGGAAAGCCAGUUGGGCCUUGAUUUUUCUCUUAGCUUUUUGCCUGUCUUCUGUCUGCUUUAAUGUGCAUGGUGCUGUGAGUAAUUGCCUAGUAAUUGUUUAAAAGGUCUUGGGGGGAAAAGCCACACGUUAUUCUUCCUAAAGAACUAAGUAUCAUUUUAAAAAACCAGCAUGAGGAAGGAAUGAAAUGAGGAUCAUUCACUUUGAUGGUGUGAAAUUUUAGUUCUGGCUUGUUUUGUGUUGUUCUAAAAAAUAAAUGACCCAAAUUUUCACUUGCAUUGCCUUCAGGCUGCUAUAGUAGUUGAGCAGGUCACUGAGAUGGGAGCAUUUGGCAGUCCUUAGAUGUAUGAAAGGUGCUAGAGGCGUGCAAGAGGGCACAGUGCUGGUCAGCCCGUUGCUUACAUUACAACAGGAGACUGGGACGGGAGACUAGGGACAUGUUUUUCCUUUAAGUGCCUCAUUUGCUUAGCUUUUAAAUUUGUUCUCCUUUUUCCUUCAUCCCAGAAGGGAAUCUCUUAGGCUCAUGUGUGGGUUUAAAAUCGCCUUUGAGUUAUGGCUAAAAACUUAGCAUCAGUUCUGGGGGAGAGAAAACUGUGGUCUCUAGACUUGGACUCCUAAGUUCCAGGCCUUAUUGUAACCACCCAUCCAUGUGGGAUUAGGUUCAUGGUGCCUCUGUUCUGCAGGGUCUUGUAAUAACCAUUCAUCUGUGAAUCUGGGUCCUUUUGGGGGAGUGAGAGGGUAGGGGGAAGAGGUAGGAAAAAGAACAGCUCCUCCAGAGCCCCCACCCCCAUCUUGCCAUGACCAAUCGGGCCUUUAACCUCUUAUCAUGCACUGCUAGGCUUCUUCCAACCAGGAGCUCUCUCCAGAGCAGUCUGAGCAGCUCCAUUAGUUCAAAACAAAGCUUUGCAGCCUGACUCCAGUCCAGUCUCUGGGUAUUAGGGGGAAGAAACUAUCCAUAAUGAAACAAGUCACCCAGGGUGGCAAAAGGAUCUUUGUCACAGAUUUAUAGAGGGACCAAAGACUGAAUGCUCAGCCUCUGCGCUUAUCCUUCCAGAGUCCUUGGGAUAUGAGCAGGUCUCUAGUUCUGUAACACCAGAGAGCUGAAAGAGAGGCUGGUUCAAUUCAUACUUGCUAGCAUCCUUUUAAAGCAUUCUGAAGGUGGUCUUCUUUGAGGCCUGACAUCUAAGACCUCAUGUGUGAUGUUUUCAUAAAAGUACAUAUCCUUGGUCUAAAGUGUCUUCUUUUAAUAUAUCACUAGUGGAAACGAGGAGGUAUGAUCAGCUCUGAGUACUAUAGAACCGCACAUAAGCACAUGUUCUGGAUGCCAAAUGAGACUGUGUGUAUGAUGACUUCUGUAGAUGAGUGGACUUUUAUAUAGAGGGUCACCAGGCAUUUUAGUAAAUCCAUAACCAGCGCUCUGAAUUCCGGACACUGUUACUUGAUUUAGGAGAGUUUAUGCCUGCUGCUUCUCUGCCUCUUUGAGGUGUUCCCAGCCAUCUUACUGCAGUCCUGUAAGUUUAAGUGCAAUAUAUAGAAACACAUAUGGAUAUAUACAGAUUAUAUAUAGGGUGUGACUAUAAAGCAGGUAGACUACUUUCUUGUAUCUGUCUUGGGGAAGCCAACUCAUUACUUUAGAGUCAGAUUAUACCAAAAUUUGAGAUGCAAUCGGCUGGUUUAGGCCAACUCUUGGCUGGAUUUUCAAGUCCAGCAUUUCCUUAUUCCAGUUCUUAGAGACUUGUUGUUUCUUGGUUUUGUUAGAAUUGAAACUUUUCCCCAGUCAUCUUUGUACUGUCUCAUGGUUGCAUAUCUUCUUACAUUUCUUUGCCUAGGAACAAGGAGGUCUACCUGUAAGGAGUUUCCUAAGAGGAGAAUUAAAACCUAAUAUUUAAAAUUCUAAGUUCUCCCAUGUAUAUACUAAUUUAUCUGUGAACAUAAAUACUUUAUUAAGUGAAGUGAAUGAUGCUUUCUUCACUUAAUGUAUUUUCCGUAUUCUGGAAAAAUCUAUAAACCAAUAUAGAGUAGACUAAAACUUUAACUGUUCUUCAGGGGCCAAACUGAAACUCUUUCCGCUGGCAGAAUCUUUUUUUUCAGGGCCCUGGUGACAUGAUGUAAAAAUUUGCUCUAAACUAUUCAUGUCCAUUACAUAGUUAGAUGUAAAAUAUUAUAAUGAACAUUUACAUUUCUAAGCAAAAGGUAUAUUAACAAUGACCUUUGGUUACCCAGAGUAGCCGGAGAAAAGCACAAGUAAUUGAAAUCCAUAGGUAAUCAGCGUUUCAACUUUUCUAUCAAACGGUUGAUUGAUUUAUAGUUCCUCCUCUCCCUACCCCUUUCCUACAAGCACCUUCUCAGUGGAGUGGGGCUAAUGUGUAGUUAGAAAUCGAAAAGCAAGAAUCACAGAGCGGCUAGAAACCAGCAAACAAAAGUAGCCCUGUUAGCUGUAGUUGGUCAACCUGAUGACAGCUGUUCAUACUGAGUUUAGAUGUCACUCUUCACUCUUCUGCUUUGGCACAGUCUCCUGCCCUGAGUUCUAGGCUGUCUCUCCUGUCACCACCAAAGAACUCUUAGCACAUAUUGGAAGAAAAAGCUGUGUAAGAUGCAGAGGAAACCCCAUCAUUUGAACACAUUUCUGUGGCUCUUGGCAGAUACUUGCUUUUCCACUAUUCUUAAAGGAGCCUUAGUUUUCCUUAGGCGAUACCUUUUCUAGCCAUGUAGCUUGGCGUAUAGGAAAGGUUGAGUUACCCUCUAAGACUUCGUCGGUCUUCAUCCUGUAAAACCAGUUUGUUUUUAUGUGGUCUUAUAGAUGUGCAUAAAGUGGCAUAGGUGACUGGUCUACCUGCCAGCACUCUGAUGUAGCACAAAAAGCCAUUUUCCUUAUUCUUCAUUGUUCUAGCAUUGAGCUCCAGGAUGGAUGAGGGUUUAUGGUCCUAUGAUCAUAAGCUUCCAAGACUGGUCACCAUUCGCUUAAAUUGCUUCAGUUCCCCAAAUACCUUGGGCCUCUACAAGUGUUGGGAGGGCCUGAGGUGCGCUUGGGAGGGCUCUGUAACCUGUGUGUGUGCCGCCUCAAGGUCAUGCCCAGCAGUUUCCCUUCUAAGGUCGUUAGAUUGAGUGGAAAGUGACCUCUUCCUUCAUCUGGUGUUAAGAAGUUUUGAGUUGUGCAUCAAAGUGGUACCAUCUUAUAAAUAUAAUUUUCAAAGUUUUGUUUUCCCUUUCCAGAAGUUUUUUAAAGGCCCUGCUUAGUCACUGUACAGGGUGAGUCAGAGGCAGUUUCACCAAGCUGUAGUAAUUGCUGUUUUACUAGUUGCACAUUUAGAAUACAAAGGAGGCAUCAGAAACACAAUGACUUUCUCUAAAGCCACUUCCUUGUACACAGAGUCUGAGCAGGAACAGCGCCAGGCAUCUCCCUGUAAAGGCACCUGCCAAUGAGGAUUUUACUGGAAGAACCUAGGCAAGAAAGGGAAACCUCGCUCAUAUAGUCUCUGAGGGCAAGCCUGGGCUUGGCUCUUGGUACAGGGUAAUGCUUAGGCCACACAUGAUGCUUGCCUUACUUUAAAGCUAUUUGCCACAGUCCUGUUAAAUAGUGUGGAAGUCCUUUUGCAGUCUGGUGUGCAUGCCAUAUGAUAAGGACAGCUUUUCCACCUUACCUGGUUUCCUACAAACAGGAAAUAUAGUGAAUUUACCCUAAAAUGUCCAAUCUGUAUUUAUGUACCUUGUCAGUGUUUUGCUGUUGGUUUUCUAAAACAAUCUGAUCAAUAAAUCUUAUCCAAAUCUA